GCCAAUAGCGAGCGGCUCCCUAGGGGCAGGCGGGAAGGGUCGUCUCGUUGCUUUGCGCGGCCGUCAUGGCGGCGGCCGUGUCGCUAUGGCCGCGGACGGAGCCGCUGCUGCUGGGUGCUCUGCCCGUGCCGCCGCCCACCCGCUUGGGCCCCCACUACUUGCGCAAGAUGGCGGCGUACGCGCGGGCGCGGGCGGCCGAGGGCUGCUACCCGCGGCUGAGCUGGCCGCGCUGGCGGCACAUCGCCUGCGGCAAGCUGCAGCUGGGCCGCGACCUGGCCUGGCUCUACUUCGAGCGCUUCCUCGACCUCCUCCCGCCGCCCGAUCCGCCCCGCCGCCUGCAGCGAGCCGAGGCCGAGGCGGCGUGCGGCAGCGCCGAGGAGCUGGAGCGGGAGCGCGGCAAGCUCUCCGUGGACACGCUGCGCUUCCUGCUCUUCCUCUACCUGCAGCAGCUGAACAGGGCCUCCCUGCGGACGUCCCUCAUCGGCGAGGAGUGGCCCAGCCCCAGGGCCAGGGCUGCCGGGCUGCCGGGCAGGGCCGCGGGGCAGAGCAAGAACUGGAAUGACCAGGACCACCUUGCCUUUGUGCUCACGCACCUCUCAGACAUGCUGGAGCUGCUGCUGGAGCCAGAGCAGCUCGGUGCCUCUUUGCACGCCACCCACAACAGCAUGGUGUCUUACGAAGCCAUCUGUGCCCUCAGCUUCCUCCUCGAAGGGACUGUGAACAACUCAAGAACCGUCCAUCCUCUACAUGAACUUGCCCUCUGGCAGCCCUGCCAUGGGCAGAAUGGCUACUCUAAGAUCUCCAAAACCUUCUCCUUCCCCAAACUAGAGAGCUGGCUGCGCUCCAGCCUGAUAAUAAAUCCUUUUGGGAUGACUGCCUGCCUCAGGUCUGGGAAGAAGCUUGCGUGGGCACAGCAAGUUGAAGGUACAACCAGAAGAGCAAAGAUUGCCUGUAACACUCGUGUGGUGCCUGAGGUGUCCCCCGUGGUGAUAAUGAGCCAGGUGUACAAACAGACACUGGCCAAGAGCUCAGACACCUUGGUGGGCGCUCAUGUAAGAAUUCAUCGCUGCAACGAGUCCUUCAUUUAUCUCCUCUCUCCUCUUUGCUCUGUGACCAUUGAGAAGUGCCGGAAUAGCACAUUUGUGCUCGGCCCUGUGGAGGCAUCUGUUCACGUCCACAGCUGUGACAAUAUCAAAGUCAUCACGGUUUGCCAUUGCUUGUCCCUUUCCUCCACAACCGGCUGUACUUUUCACAUUCUGACGCCUACCCAGCCACUUAUCCUUGCGGGUAACCAAGCAGUCAGCUUUGCCCCUUUCCACACCCAUUACCCCAUGCUGGAAGACCACAUGGCUCAGGUGGGGCUGGCCACUGUGCCCAACUACUGGGACAGCCCCAUGCUGGUGUGCAAGGAGGGCAGUGAUGCCAGCGUAUUCCGCCUCCUGCCACCCUUGGACUUCUACACUUUUGUGAUUCCUUUCGAGAUGGAAGGAGACACCACAGAGACACCAGGGGGACUUCCCCAUGCCUAUCAGAAGGCACUGAAUCAGCGAGAGCAGAAGGUACAGAUCUGGCAGAAAAUGGUGAAGGAGGCGUGCCUGACCAAUGCUACAUGCUGACAAGGGUGAGAUCUGAACACGUACCCUGAGCAACAGCUCCACUGAUUAUUGGCCUGCAGCUGGUUGAUGAUCAUUCUUAACCCCAGCCUUUACAGUGAAGCUUUAAAUUACUGUCCCACCUGUUGUUGAGGUGAGCUAAGCAUGUGCAUGUGGACUGUUAUGGUACAUCACCUCAUGGACAGUAGCUUUUAAAGUUCCCUUUAAAAUCCUCUGCCCAGCUUUUACUGUACUAGCUAGGCCCCUCCUAGCCCGUCUCGUGUGCUGACACGCAUCUGUUUGCUUUCUCAAUACUUGUUGCUGAGCUAUAAAGGAGUCCACCUUGCUUUCUUUGUCAGCGUGCUUUGUUGAGUAGUCGGGUGUAAAAAUCUGUCUGCUUCAGUUUUGCUGCUUUAUCUUUUGUGAACCAUUUUGAUGCAGCAGUAUGAGGAUCUUCCUUUACAGAUACAGAAUGGAGAUACAAACCCAGAUACUUGGUUUUAAAGACUUGAAGAGGUGAAAACAACUUUUGAUCUCUCAAAAAGCCAUAUUUGAGCUCCCCAUACUUUCUUCCUGUUCUGUGCUCAGUCCAUGAGUUGCGAUGGACAAAUAACUGGGUGCUGAGAAGCAGUGAUCUCAGAGUUUAGUUUUGUGGGACACACAGAAUGUGAAACCCUCCUAUUGAGUCAAACAGUCAGCACUUCCCAUCACACCAAGCUGCAGAGCUGUAGUCCACUUGGUUGUUUUUAGAGCAGCUCCCUGAGCUUUGGCUGUCCCUUUCUGACUGCCAGGUGCCUUUGUGCUGAGAGCAGAGGAACCUGCCAUUUGAAAGAGCUCUGGACUGGGAAGGAGAAAGGAUCCUUUGGGAGGAUUUUGCUACAGAUGGAGGGUGGCUGAGCAGUAGUGAUCCAGUAGUGGUGACAGAGGUGUAAAAACCGUCAGAUCUCUCAGCUCUUGCAUCUUGAAGAGCAGCGGAAAGUUUUAACUUCAACUUUUGUGCUGGAGUCACCCAUUGUGUCUAUCAGUCUCAUCUAAGGUGCUCCUUGUCUCCUCAGCCAUUGCCCUUCCAGGGCUGCUGCGUCUCACCCUGGGGUUUUUGAAGGUGUUUUACCCAUCAAAAUCUGACAAGUAAAGAAAUAUUAGAUGAGAUAGAUGAUGCACUUAGAUUUAGUACCCUCUGCAGCAGUGACAGGAGACAAGAGCUUGGUAUUGGUUUAUUUCAUAAAAGGGGGGAAAAUGUGCCAGAAUUAGUAGCUUGCUGGAAAGAAGCUGAGCAGCGGACAGUGUAAGGUGUCUCUGUGUCCCGUGGGCAGGGAGACAACUAGAGGGACAACUCAGAGCAAGCAGACUGUUGGACUUGUAGAAAGAAGAAAAGCUGCUGGUGUUUGAAUAGGGAGGUGAAAGAGUAAGAAGACAUCUUUCAAAAAGUUGAAGCUGUCUGAAGGAGGAAAGUGAGGGGAAAAAAAGAAUGUAAAUCCUGCCAGGCUAAAGGUAAAAGCCCCAUAAGUCAGGACCGGGAAGAGAGCUUGAGGAACAACUUGUAAAAGUGUAAAAUCCUGCUUGCUCAUUUUCUGAGCACAUCAGAGAGAAAGCCUUUAAGGGUCUGUAGCAGAUGGAGGUAUAUAAUAAGCGCUUGGAGAAGAUAAACUCUAAGAGAAGAAAGAAGUGACUGCCUUUGUGUUCACAUUCACUGGGGAGGAAUUUAGGUUAGUUUCCAGCUUAGAAACCUGCUUUCCGGGGGAUCCGUCAGUGAAUGUUUCCAAUGGAAGUGACAGUGCAAGGAAGAGUCUUUAACUUGAAAAAAGGGUAUACCAGGCCCCUCUGAAGCUGAGUGACAUAGAAAUGUAUGGGGAUGGCUUGCUUCUUUUCCCAGUACAUGAUAGGAGCCUCAAAACAAAUUAGGAAUGGGGUCAAAACAAAACCACACAAUCUCCACAGGAUAUUAGAAAUGUUCGUAUUUUAUGUAGGUUCAGAAAUGAAUUGUGUAAGCUCAUUAAAAAAAAAAAAAAGAAUAUAUGUCAGGAGCUGUUCAAGAAUAGAAAUUCAGGAG